CGCGCGGUCUCCGUUGUACUACGGUACUUCGUUGUAGUUUGUUGGCUAGUUGUGAGUUUAGGAUUACAAAAGCGAAAUACGGUCCGUAGUGAAAGAAGUAGAAGCUGGUAAAGAGGCAGGACGUAGUCAUCGGCUGAAGAAACUGAUAGUUCGCAAUCUCUGCUGAAGUGUUAUAAGUGCGGGUGGACGAUUGAACUGUGAUGGGUUCGCGUGAGUUGCCGACCGGUUUAGUGUGGGUGGCAGUGUUCCAGCUUUUGUUGAUUGUGCUCGACGUUUCGUGUCACGGUCACAGUCACCAGAAUGAACUCAACAAGGAGCGUGUUGAAGAUGGAGCAGUACGAUCAAGGGGCGAAAAACAUCUCGCUUCCGAGCAGCACGACACCAGCUUUGACCACGAAGCAAUCCUCGGGAGCAAAGAUGCAGCAGAGGAGUUCGACCAGUUGCCCCCCGAGGAAGCUAAGGCCAGGUUAAAAGAGCUGGCAAUCAAAAUGGACAGGGAUGAAGAUGGAUUUGUUGAUAGGCUCGAACUGAUUGACUGGAUACUGCGUUCUUUCAAGUUGCUUACUCAAGAGGAGGCAGCUGAGCGGUUCGAAGAUGAAGACAAGAAUGGUGAUGGAAAAGUCACGUGGGAUGAGCACGUCAGCGAAGCCUUUGGAUCACCGCAGAAAAUUUCAGACAGUGACACCGAAGAUAAUGACUUGAGGCUGCUCGAAGAAGAUGAUCGUUAUUUCAAAGCAGCGGAUGCCAAUGGAGAUGGCGUGCUCGACAAGAAUGAAUUUCCCAAGUUCUCUCAUCCAUCGGAGUUCCCGGAAAUGCAGGAGACGUUGUACGAAGAGACAAUGAAGCGCAAGGAUGUGAACAAGGAUGGCUACCUGAGCCUUGAAGAGUUCACAACUGAGGACCCAGACAAGCCUCUAAGCAACGAGCAGUACCUAGCUGAAAAGGAGCGGUUCGAAGUGGACUAUGACAAGAACGGGGACAGAAAGCUCGACAAGGAGGAAACCCUCAACUGGCUGCUACCAGGAAACGAUGAGGUUGCUGAACAAGAAGCAGAGCAUCUCAUAAUGAAUGCAGAUACUGACAAUGAUGGCAAGCUUUCCAUACAAGAAAUUAUUGACCAUCAUGAACUCUUUGUUGGAAGUGAAGCGACCGACUACGGCGAGCACCUACACAACACCAGCCGUUUCAGUGAUGAGCUUUAGGGUCGCGUCGUCGUUUUGUGUCUUGUGUACGUUCUUCCUGCGAGUUUGUGGGUGCAGACUGAAGCGACUCCGGGUGUGUGACUAUCCCUCGUGAAAAUCGUGUUUUAUAUGAACUUUUUCCUUGCUUGUGUAAGUUUGCAUUGUGUCAUAUUUUUGCAUCAGGCAGGCGUGUCAUUGGAUGCUUCCGGCAAAGUGAAUGAUUGCACAGACAGUUCAAGACCAAAGCUGUAAUAAAGAAUCUCUAUGCCUUCUGUA